CCCAUUCUAGACACCUGAGGCCGGCGGAAAAGUAUAUGGAAGUCGGUUACAAGUCUCGAUAAAUCGAAACCUAUCUAUGCAAAACCAUGUUCUCAACCAAGAGCUCCUUCGAAGAACGAACGACUGCAAGUAGGCAUGCACGCCUGCGAUAUAAUCAAGAAUCUGUCGCAGCAAGCAUACACCUUCGCCCACUCCUUGCGUCCGGCCUCGUCUUUAGUCCGAAAGGAGGAUGCUAACCUCUACUGUCCUGGCAGAUGAUUUGAGCCUGAUCGCAGAUUUCUACCGUCGCAAAAUUGAAUAGCAAUAAGAGGCAAGAACGUGACAAAGGGCCCAACGGUGGGGAUCGAUGGUGAUGGCGUGAUCUGACUCCAUCAUGGCUCAUCCCACGAUAGCGUCCUAUUGCCAGCCAAGAGCUCAAAUUUUUUUAUUCCCCUUAAGUCGCAUCCUUGCACCCUUGAUAGAAAAACGUUGCAUUCACUUUUCAACUUCACGAAGAAAUGGCCACCAAUUAUGUCGAUCAAUCGCCCCUUGGGCAAAAUGAAAAACAUCCGACCAGCAAAACAAAACACUCAACUGGCCCGCCUACUGGAGAUGCAGCGCUCGAAUUGCUGGGGAAUGGAGCCCUCGGUGGGCAUCUGGACCCUGAAGCGUCGGCACGUUUGGUCCGGAAGAUUGAUCUCUAUGUGAUGCCGCUGAUCUGCAUCGUGUACUUCCUGCAGUACCUCGACAAGAUUGCCGUCUCCUAUGCCAGUGUGACGGGCGUGCGCGAGUCGGCGAAUCUGCAAGGAAAUCAGUUCAACUGGGUCUCAAGUAUUUUCUUCUUCGGCCAGCUAGCUCUACAAUUUCCUACGAUGCGACUCAUCCAAGCUUUCCCACUGGCACGGUAUGUGGCCUUCAACGUCACCGUCUGGGGCGCGAUCCUGGCAUGCAUGGCCGCGUGCAAAUCAUUUGCAUCGCUGAUGGUCUGUCGUGCACUGCUGGGCGCCGCCGAGGCAGCUGUCGUGCCAGCCUGGGUAGUCUUCACCUCCCAGUGGUAUCGCAAGGAGGAGCAGGCGUUCCGCGUCGGCUUGUGGUUCUCCAUGUGUGGCUUCGCCCAGAUGUUUGGCGGAUACAUUGCCUACGGCGUGGCCAUCCACAUUGGCGGAGAUCCCACGGCUGCUCUGCGUGGAUGGCAGGUCAUCUUUCUCAUCCUAGGCCUGUUUACUGCAAUUGUCGGUAUCAUAUUCUUCUUUAUUCUGCCCGACUCCCCAGUCACGGCUUGGUUCCUCUCGCACGAAGAAAAAGCCAUGCACGCCGAGCGUUUGCGCGGCAAUGAACAGGGCAUCGGUAGCACCGUCUUCAAGAAGGAGCAGGUUUACGAGGCGUUCCGAGACCCGCAAACGUGGAUGUAUUCGUUCUGGGUGUUUGCGGCCAACGUCCCCAAUUCCAUCGCCACCAGUUUCGGAAACAUCCUUGUCACCGGAAUGGGAUACUCGGCGAACCAGAGUCUGCUGCUGGUGACGCCGCUGGGUGCCUACGAGGUCGUGGCACUCAUUGGGCUGACAUAUCUUGCCAUGAGGAUGGAACAACGCCUUCUCUGGUGUAUUAUCGGCCAUCUUCCAUCCAUAGUGGGUGCCAUCCUAAUGGCGACCACGGAAAAGGCUCCGGCUCUGGUGGGAUAUUACCUCUCGGGUGGGAUUCCAAUUGGAUGGACGACGAUUCUCGCACUGACUAGCACCAACGUGGCUGGCUCGACGAAGAAGAUCACCGUGUCCUGCAUUCAGACGGUGGCAUACACGGUUGGCAACAUCAUCUCUCCGCAGACAUUUCAAGCGAAGGAUGCGCCCCAGUAUCUGCCGGCCAAGAUUUCUAUCGUCAUCUUGUACUUCCUCGUCACGGUGGACCUAUGCCUCAUCCGAUGGAUGUUUAUCCGCGAGAACCGCAAGCGAGACCAGGAGAAAGCCGCCCUAGGCGAUGCCUACGUGGUGCCAGAAAACCACGAGUUCCUCGACUUGACGGAUCGCCAGAAUCCGGAGUUCCGAUAUGCAAUCUAAUUGUAAAUGCAAAACCAUGCAUAGACCCGUUAUACCCGUGGAAAUAGCCGAAUUGCACAGUUCUGCAGGAAUAGAAUGACCCAAGCGUACCUACAAGAACACCUUACUCGUAUGGCAAUGUCAAUGACCGUAUCGAUCAGCAUUUGUUCCCCGCAGGACGUUGGACUUCAGCCUAAUGGAAUCCCUGCAGGUUUCUCCUGGCGCCACGGCGUGAUUGGCGGCAGGCGACGAUCGUCAUCAAUGUUUGGCCCUGGAGAAUUGACUCCGUCAUACCAUCAAUUAUCAGAACAUGCACCCCCGCAGGAAACUUGCCUCAGGUGGCGAGCUCCGGGAUGCAUAUUGGCUGAAUUGACGCAGAUCAUUGUCGCAACUAACAGCUUUGGAUAAACCCAGGGACACAAUGUAGCACUCCUUUAAAUUGUACACACUUUCCCAGGCUUUGGACAUACCAAACCACAACAUCUUCAAGAUGGUUCACGUCGAAUUCGCGGUCUGGUUGGCCCUUUAUUUCCUCUCAUCUGCUCUCGCAGCCGAUGUCUUCCCAGAUUGCACCAGCGGGCCUCUCAGCAAGCUGGCUAUCUGCGAUACCUCCCGCGAUCCCGUUGCACGAGCCAGGUCCCUCGUGGCUGCGAUGACGCUGGAGGAGAAGAUCAACAACACUCGAUUUGACUCUCCCGGUCUUCCUCGCCUGGGACUACCGGCCUACAACUGGUGGAGCGAGGCCCUACACGGCGUCGCCGACUCUCCCGGAGUGCACUUCGCCGACAGCGGAGAGUUCAGCUACGCGACCUCGUUUCCAGCGCCCAUCGGUCUGGGCUCCGCGUUUGACGACGAACUCGUCAAGCAGGUCGCUACCGUAAUCAGCACCGAGGCCAGAGCCUUCGGCAACACGGGCCACGGCGGCCUUGACUACUGGACGCCUAAUAUCAACCCGUUCAAAGAUCCCCGAUGGGGUCGCGGACAGGAAACCCCUGGUGAAGACGCGCUGCAUACCGCACGAUAUGUCUACCAUCUCAUUGAUGGUCUGCAAGGGGGCAUCGGACCAGCCCAUCCCAGAAUCGUGGCGACCUGCAAGCACUUCGCCGCCUACGACCUGGAAGACUGGAACGGCAUCGAGCGCUACGCCUUCGAUGCUAUCGUCUCCUCACAGGAUCUGGCCGAGUAUUAUUUGCCGCCGUUCAAGACUUGCACGCGCGACGCCAAAGUUGACGCCGUCAUGUGCAGCUACAAUUCGCUGAAUGGAGUUCCGACCUGCGCCGACCCAUGGCUCCUGCA